AGAGAGUGCUCUCCCUCUCCCCUUUCUCCGCCCCUCCUCACGGUUGCGUCGCGUGAAGUUGCUCCGGGACAAGUGGAGCAAAGGCAGCGAGCGGCCGGAGCGGCGUAAAGCGUGAACCCGAGGCGGAGUCGCCGAUCACGGGACGCUGAAUCGGAGAUCAUGUAGCUGCGCGUAGCUCGCAGCGAGUCCGUAGGGCAGGACGCUUUCUUCCGUGAUUCUCUGAGCGUGGGGAAGCGGCUCUAACAACGUUGUCGCAAGCGAGUCCGUUCGCGUUCCAUGACUUCCCCACUCGUUCACACGUUAACAGAAGAUGACAGUAUUAGAAACGGAAGACGCAGAUAAACGCUCGGUUCCUCCCAGAAAGAAGUUCUGCCUGUCCCUGUCAGGUCGCGGACGUGCAAUUCCCAUCGUCGUCCCGCAGCCCCCUCCUACAUCCACGAGAGGGGGCCUUCUGGAUAGAACAGAUUUUUCACUUAGUACAAGCAAAAUGUUGAAUGGCUAUCGAAAUCAGCUGAGCAAUCACCAGGAUGGAAGUUAUGAUACAUCUGGUACUGGUACAGAAGGGUUGAAGAUAGCCACUUUAUGCAAUUUGGGAAACACCUGCUUCCUCAAUAGUGUAUUAUAUACUUUAAGAUUUGCGCCUUCCUUUCUACACAAUUUACAUCAUCUAGCCACUGAUUUGUCUAAUCUAAAUGACAAGCAGCUUCAGAUGAAAGCCAAAUCUUCCUCAUUAGGCAGAACCGGUGUAUCACUGACAUCCAGCAGUAGUCGUAGCUGGAGCAGUAAAGAUCUAUUAGCAUUAGCUGGUCCAACCACAGAAGCCAGUAAGCCGCGUAUUCAAAUAGCCACUGAGAGAUUGCAUGAGCUUUUUAUGGCACUGCGAGCAUCAGAGAUGAAAGAAAACAGCGAGCCAUAUCAACCAGAUGCCUUUUUACAAGCUCUUAGAGAAGUGAAUCCGAUAUUUGAGGGUAAUCAGCAGCAGGAUGCUCAUGAACUUUUGGUCUGCUUGCUCGACAACAUAAGAGAGACCUUCCAACUGUUAGUCAGACACAGAGAGAGUCAAUUUGGUCAGAGCAACGGCGGCUUUCCUGGAGAAUUCACUACAACUCACUCGGGGUCAGACGUGCAAUCAGAGAGCAGCUCCACCUCUGGGAAGAGGAGCAUUCGUAAGUCCCGAAAGAAAAAGAAGAUUGCGAGCAGAGGGAGCUCGGUGUCUCUCGCGCAGCCAAGCAGCAACGGCGUCGUGGGAUCCACGAAACCAUACGAAAAUGGUCACGCGGAGUUCACCGAGAUUAAUGGUGAGACAGGAAUGCGCAAACCGGAGAGCAAUAAGUGUUUUAUCUCGGAGGACUUUGAAGGUGUCAGCCUAUUGCGUACAACGUGCCUCGAGUGCGAACACGUGACAGAACGGAAGGAGACGUUCUGCGAUAUAUGCGUUCCCAUUGAUAUCGAUCGUACGAAUGAGGAAGAUGAUGAUAGCUUUACAGAUGAAUUGGUGGAUAGCAGUGAGGUAUACAAACGCGCUGUAGUAACUAGUGAACUGCUUUGGGGUAGGGACAAGUACUGGUGUGCACGGUGCUUACGCUAUAAUGAAGCUCGCAGAGCCGUAUGUUUUCCUUCUUUACCCAGACUCCUUAUCUUGCAGUUGAAGAGGUUUUCUACUGCCGCUGGUUCGAUGGAAAAAAUCAAUAAUCAUAUGCCAACGCCAUUUACCUUGCAAUGUUUCUGCGAGGAGUGCAGUAACGACGAGGCCCAUGGGACGACAGCUGGCGGUAGUACGGAAACGCGACACGUGUACAAAUUAUACUCUGUCAUAAUGCAUCAAGGUGCAACAAUGACCGCCGGGCAUUACGUCGCCUACACGCGUUUACCUGACGAAUCCGCGUACGCGGAGUAUUCCCAAUGCGAUCGCGACAAUAAGCGGCAGAAUUCGAGCCAGACAGGCGCCGCGAGCGCGAGCUCAUCGUCGUCGUCGUCUUCGUCAUCCUCUGACAAAACGUCGGGUAUACUCAAGUACUUUAGGAGCAAGCCUAGCGCUAGCGAAAACAAGGAGCAGCCGGUGAAUAGGGUCGGCUGUCGGAGCAUGGACUGUUGCGGUAUCAGACGAAAUAAACAGGGCGCCACUUGGCUGGAAUGCGACGACGAGGCGGUACACGUGAUCCCGCUACGAGAACUCGAAGACAAACUGGCGCCCAACGCGCGGAAUUCCGCUACCCCCUAUCUCCUGUUCUACGUGAGGUCGACGACGUAAGCCGCCGUUUUUCGUCUCUUUCCCUCCGCGCGUUGGAAGUUUAAUAUCAAAAUGUCUUUGUUUGAAAUUCCAAGCGAGACAGCAGCGAGCACACGAUGACAAAAACGGGCCUCUCGUUCUUCCUGUAUUGCCUCUUUCUUUUUCUUCCUACUCUUCUCAAUUCCUUCGUAUUCCUUAACGAUUGCGCUGUGAUGUAUCGCACAUUCCAGAUCACCACUAGCGGAUUCUGACGUCGAUAAUGGAAGAGGGGGGGAGGUGGUUAAUAAAAUUUUUCCUUGAAUUGUACAUCAGACAGUUUGAACACAGUGAAUUUUAUGCAUAAGAAUUUGAUUCGCAGGCACCCGCGUUAAUCGGCCUGCUGCAUUAUUUUACUUAAAUUUUUUUAACAGAUUCAGUAAGAUUAAUUUUUUUUAAUUUGGAAGGGGGGAGGGUUAAUCUCAAACCCCCUCCCUAGAAUCCGCUAGUGCAGAUCACUACUCGAGUUCUUCUUCCUGUGUAAAUGCUGCAUUGGGUUUUAGAGACGUUAUGAGCGUCUGUUAUUUUCGUAGAGAAUAAAAUUGUCUACCGCCAAUCAUGUUGUAUCUGUUAAAGCUCCGUCGAUCGGACGGUGUACGACUACGAGUCGACAUUUGUAAACGAAGUAUCGUCGAGCGACGUAACGAAUCACACCGGACGAGCGUCGCGACUCUGCGCGUAGCCUUAGCCUUAGUUGGGACGUGGAACGUUUUAUUAUUGAGUUAUCUGUAAAAUAAUAAAAAAAAAUUAUGUAUUCUUGA